AUGUAUUCAGGCGGCCAAAGACAUGUCUCGGGCAAUGAUCCUACACGCUCCUUUCAAGUUCCUCCUCCGCCGCCUCCUCCUCUGCCAAUGUCACCGCCCAUGGCCGCCGGUCCUUCCAUGGGCACCAUGAUGAAUAUCCCCCCGCCGCCCCCGAGAUACCCUGGCGCGUCCCCGGGUCUUGCCAACGGCAUCAUGGUUCCUCCGCCGCCAGGUCUGCCGCCAAAUAGCACCCACGGGCCGCAACAGUCAUGGCAUGGCAACUACGGCAAGCUGUACGACGGCCGAACUACCAUGGGCAUUCCGCCGCCUCCCCCUACCGGACACCAGCAUCUACCAUACAAUCCGAAAUAUCACGCCCAAAUGGCCGCCGGACAGACCGUUGCCAUGCCCCCGCCUCCGCGACCAACCGACGGAAUGGCCAUGGGGGCCACGUACAUACCCUCGAGAGGAACAUACGGUGAAGGUGUAGGGAUCCCGGGAUUCGAUCCCAACGAGUUGGCGAGCACUUCCGCCUCGUAUGUCCAGCCCCAGAUGAGCGCCAUGGACACCAAUAACACGGCUUCCAUGGACGAUCUCAACUCCCGAGAUCGCUUCUAUCAGUCUAGCAAUGCCUCAAACGCUUCCAUCGCCACGGGUGGCAGCACAAUACCGCCCGAGAUGGCAGCCCAGUGGCCGCUUGACACUGUCCUGAUUUGGCUGGCCCAAAAUCAAUUCUCCAAGGAAUGGCAGGAGACUUUCAGAGACCUCAACUUGCACGGGGCGCAGUUCCUUGGUCUGGGCAGUCCGCACAGUGGUCGUGGAAAUUUCAGCAUAAUGCAUCAAAAGGUCUAUCCACGCUUGGCCCAGACGGGCUGGGAUCAGAUCCGGGAGCGGCGGGAGCGGGAAGAGGGAAAGCGUAUGCGUAAGCUAAUUCGAAGCAUCGUCACUGGAAAACCGAUUGACCCAUCGAAAAUGGUGAGCAGCCACAACCGAGCAGACUCGGCUACAGCCUCACAUGGCCACAAUGCCAGCGCCGGCUUUGAAUCAGUGGAUUCACCAGGUACACCGUUGGGUUCUGCUGGAAGCGUCAAUUUCGCUGCUCAGCGAUUCUGUCAAACACGAUCCACGACCAUGCCUAUCCCCAGCAGCGGCACAAUGAGCUCCGAUUCAAGCCAUCGGUCAGCCCUAAAGUAUCUAGACUAUGACGGCGGCCGCAAGUUGAGCCCCAAGACAAACGAAAACGCUGAAAGUGGGACGUUUCGUGGCACAUCGAACAGUCCAGGAGGCAGCCUUGCUCCCCAGCAAUCUCUCUUCCCAUCCGCGACGACGCCCGUCCUCCAUGCAUCCCCCGCUUCCGCCAAACUUGGCCAUCGUUCACGUAACAGUGCGGACUCGGUGACCUCCAGCGCCGCCACCUAUGGCUCUGGCAUCCCUCCGGAUGCUGCUGCCAUUGUCAGCCGAGGCCUCGCCCUGACAGAAGCCAUGUCAGCCUCACGAAGCCAAGACCGAUCCCAACAUUCGCCACUCCACUCUGGUGAUAGGUCAGCCGGGGGAGAAGCCUCGGCAUCCUCAAGAGAUUCCAAGAGUUUUUUGAGCUUUUUGUCGAGGAAAAAGAAACAAAGGGAAGACGGCUCCUUCCCUUCGCCCGACGAGGUCGACUCUCCAGAGUCACCCAUGUGUGUUCCCAAAUCUCUCACCGAUGUGUGUACGUCGUUGAACGGAAGCGAUCCUCAACUCGAUCGUCUUGGGUCUGCCUUUGUUGGAGCCCACGAGCGGGAUCAGCUUUUGCUGCUGGAGAGAUUGAAACACGCUAGCGGCGCAAGAACACUUGUGCUGGCUACCACAGACUAUUGGAAUUACCGCAUGUGCGAUAUUACAGAAGCAGAGUCGGCCGCUGAGAUCCGCCAGACUGUGUGUGAGAGCCUAGGUCUGGUCGGAUCCGAUCAGUAUUCUGUUUUUGCCACGGAACUCGGCAAGGCAGAUCACACUGAGCCGCUCGAUGACCAACAACUCGUCACCGACAAGCGAGUGAAGGGCGACUCCACGGGCGCUUUGAAAUUCUUCAUAUCGCCCGCAAAGCUGGGUUCCGCCACGACUCCAAACUCAGUGCCUGCGUCUUUGUUCCCGGGCUACAUCCCUCCUGGACUGGACGAAGAGUCGUAUGAUCGUAGCAGGCAACGAUCGAGCUCGUCACCCCCCUCCUCCAGGGCGAAUACGCUCGGGAACGAGACCGACGAGAAGACCCUGGCUCAGGAAGCCAGCGACUACAGGGCAGAAAUUGAGAGAAAACAGCGAGCAUAUCUGGCCAAGAGAAAGGAGGCAAAUGAGAAGGAAAGCCCAAAAGCCCCAGAGUAUGUGCCGUCUAGCAGCAUCAAGGGUCGCAAUGUCGAUUUUGAUCAGCCCCGUCCGUCGCCAUUCGAGGAUAAGAAACCAGACCAGCUGUUCCCCCAAAGACGACCACCGGCACCGCCUAGUGAUCCGUCGGCGACUUUGAUCAAAGCCAAUUCAUUGAGUAGAAAACCGGGCCCCAACUUGAGGAACUCUAGCGGCAGCAUGGAUGGUUUUCCAUCGCCCAGACAUCUACCUCCAACGGCCAGUGGCGAUGCCGAAAUCACAGACAGCCACCGCAAGGCAACGAGUGCAGCACAGCAUGCUCCCGCGAGUGGCGGCAUUGGAGCUGCUCUAGUUGGCAUUGGCAGGAACUUGAGUGCCAUCGGGCAAUCCACCGCCAAUGUCCCAAAGGCUACUUCUUCAGGCCGCAUAGUAUCGCCGCCAUCCUCAUCAGCGGGUAGCGGCAAUGCUCAGCAGCAGUCAGGUAAGACGGCAUUGUCCAGUGUGAACUAUGGUUCAACUAGCAUUCGCGGGAGAGGCAGUCCGAAGCCAGCGAACGGAUCCCCUGGCUCGGUGACGUGGAGUCCAGGUAAUCUUCCAUUUGUUGUGCCUGACUACACGCCUGGCAGCGGCCCGGUGCUGGUUCCUCCAAGGGUACCCUCUGGUGCAAGUGCUAAAAACAUUGAAACAGUGCCGAGGCCUGUGUCACCGGGCGACAUCAGCCCUAGCUCUGCUCAUUCUAAAAGCAGGGGCUCCAGCGGCUUUUCCCCCGCGAAGCGAAAGUCUCACGGGCAGGAUUUGGACUUUAAAGAUUCCGACGUUCAGUUCGCCAACACGGCGUCCUCACAGCCGCCCACUCGAGACGUCAAGCCUCCCUCUGGUGACGAUGGCGACGACGACUCUAGCGACGACGGUCUGUUUGCUAUUCCUCUAGCUGGCAGGAAGAAGGAUAAGCCAAGUAGCGACGUUGGCGCAAACGCUUCAUCAGAUGCUCAAUCGGGUACAGGCACUCGUCCCACUCUGCAUGUUAAUACUUCACGCAAAGAGAAGGGACGAUCUGUCACUUUCUUGAAAUCGCCCGAUAGCUUCGAGAGUAGCAAUGAUGGCGGCGCGAGAACAUCUAGCUCGAGGAGAACGCCCGGCACGCCGCAGACUGAUACGUGGGAUUCUGACAAGGAAAGCCAAAUCAAUCGUCGAAAGUCGUUUAUUGAGAAGGACGUAUGGGCAAACCGUCCACCCACAGACGACUUGCUGAACAAUUUGGACGAUUUCUUCCCCAAUCUCGACCUAGACCAGCCCGUCCUUGAAGACCAUGCGGUCGGGGACAUCCCGCCACUUCCGUCAAACGACUUUGGCGAUGGUAGGAACAGCUCCAAUCCUGCCCGUCUGGGACCUGGAGGAACACUAUCCGGUCCCUCUGCAUCGGGGCCUCUCCCUGCAGCGGUGCCACCAUCACGUCAGCUCUCGUUGUACACCAAUGACAACGACACUCUGGGCUCCGACGAGUCGACUUUGAAGGCUACGGAGCGACCUACGUCCAGCCGUGCCGUGGCCCACCGCAGCAUACACCGGUCUGGCGGGUUGGGCAGAAUGAAAUCUAUCCGUGAAGUUGCCAGUCAAGCCAACAAGCGAUACACGAGCAUUUCACAACCAAGAGGCAGCAACUCGCAGACGAAUUUGAUGCGACGCAAGAGCACCAAGAUGUUCAACGCAAACAUUGUACAGAUUCGGCCUGAUCAGCGGGGAAGCAUGGUAGUGCCGGAUAUUCCUCAGGAUACGCUCCCCAAGCGACAGACCACGUUUAGAUGGUUCAAAGGCCAGCUCAUCGGCAAGGGGACGUAUGGUCGUGUCUACCUCGGUAUGAAUGCCACUACGGGUGAGUUCUUGGCAGUCAAGGAGGUGGAGGUAAACCCCAAAGCGGCGGGGGGAGACAAGGCCAAGAUGCGAGAAAUGGUGGCUGCAUUGGAUCAGGAGAUUGACACCAUGCAGCAUUUGGAUCACGUCAACAUUGUUCAGUACCUGGGGUGCGAGCGAAAGGAGACUAGCAUCAGCAUCUUCCUCGAGUAUAUCUCUGGUGGCAGCAUUGGAUCUUGCUUGAGAAAGCACGGCAAGUUCGAAGAAUCUGUGGUCUCAUCGCUGACUCGCCAGACCCUCUCCGGGCUGGCUUACUUGCACCGUGAGGGUAUCCUGCACAGGGAUCUCAAGGCAGACAAUAUUCUACUUGAUCUGGAUGGGACUUGCAAGAUUAGCGACUUUGGUAUUUCCAAGAAGACGGACAACAUUUACGGCAAUGACAAGACCAAUUCGAUGCAAGGCUCAGUGUUCUGGAUGGCGCCAGAGGUCAUCCGGUCUCAGGGAGAAGGGUACAGCGCCAAGGUGGACAUUUGGAGUCUCGGGUGUGUGGUGCUGGAGAUGUUUGCCGGCCGCAGACCCUGGAGCAAGGAAGAAGCGGUCGGGGCCAUUUACAAGAUCGCAAAUGGAGAGACGCCGCCCAUUCCGGAGGACAUUCAAGAAACCAUUGCGCCGCUGGCAGUGGCGUUCAUGAUGGACUGUUUUCAAGUGAAUCCGUUUGACCGUCCAACAGCCGACGUGCUCCUCUCGCAACACCCAUUCUGCGACCUGGACCCCAACUACAACUUUUACGACACAGAGCUGUACACCAAGAUCAAGGAUGCUUACAAGAUCUCAUAA